AUGGCUGCUAUCCCCGCUGACGGAACAUGGUUUGAUACCAUCAAAAAGUCCUUCGCUGAUGUCCCUAUUAAUGCGGAGAAUGGCAUCUCGACUACCGAUUUCCUCGAGGCCGCUGAGUCGCUGGUGACUCUCUUUGACGUCCUCGGUUCUGCCGCCUUCACUCCGGUCAAGAAUGACCUGCUCGGUAACAUCAAGAAAGUUCGUGAGCGUCAGCAGGCAGCUCCUGCGGAGUCUGAGACCCUGCAGGCCCUUGUCCUGAACGAAUUGAAGACCGGCAAGCACGUUGCCACUGAAGGUCUGGUCUGGCUGGUCCGAGGCCUCGACUUUACCGUCCAAGCCCUCCGUCACAACAUCGACAACUCCUCCUCGGAACUCGCCGACUCCUUCCGCGAUGCCUACGGCCAAACCCUCAAGCCCCACCACUCCUGGAUUGUCAAGCCUGUCUUCAGUGCUGCCAUGUCUGCCACCCCAUACCGCAAGGACUUUUACAAGAAGCUGGGCGAGGAUCAGGCCAAGGUUACUGCCGAGCUUGCCAAGGAGGUCGCUGCCUUGGAGAAGGUGAUCGCCAUCCUGAAGACUUUCCAGGAUACCAAGCCUGCUCAGUGGAAGUAA